UAAAUUGACAUAAGGUUUGCAUUUGUGGGUAUUGAUACUUGAAAAGCGUCCUAAUUAAUACUGUUUGGUUUUCUCAAAACCUGGAUAAAAAUUGAAUUUUAUGUAGAAAGUUUAAAAAGUUUUUAAAAUAAAACUUAAGGAUACCGUGCCGAGUUUUCGUUUCAAGUAGGUUUAUUAAAAGAUCAUUGAAUCCAAUUGAAUCACUACGUUGGCUUGUUAUAUGGUUAUGAUAGAAUGGCAAUCUUCAGAAACUAUUAUCUAAAUGUCGAACCAUGAAAACAAUCUGAGUCGUGCUCGCGUGCUGUAAUAAUUACAAUUUUUCCUUUGUAUUUCAAGUGGAAUUACUGUUAUUUAGCCAUUUUUUGACUAAUAGAUCGGCAAUAUAAUUUAUACGAAAUGCUCAAACGCCCCAACCCUGAAGAGGAUGAGGAGGACAUCCUACGAAUGCAAGAAGAAUACUUACGUGAAAAGAACAAGGACGCUAACUUUCGUCCGUCGGCUUCAGUAACAAAUCUGCGGCAGCAAGUUACAGAAACUCCAAAACCCGCAAGCAGUAAGUCUGAAAAGUCUGUGGGCCGUAAGCCCUCAAAAUACGCUCAGUCUAAGGGCCUCAAAAAUGAAAAGCAAGUCCGAAUUGAGAGCAGUACUGGCUCCGUUAUGGGAGACAUUUUGGAAAAGAAUAUGCAAGAAGUUCCUAAGGAAACAGAAAUGGACGAUGAUAAGGUAUACUAUCCUAAAAUCAUACCUUCAGUUAUGAGCAAUAUCAUAGAGAAAAAUGCUAAUUGCGAUGUAGAUAUGAGUUUCAAACCAAUGCCUACUCAAGGCUUUCCGGUAGCUAUGAAAUGCGAUUUUAAUGUAGCUCCUGGUUCGAAAAGUAUUCAUUCAUUGUACUUUCAAAAGAAACAGCAAGAGAAAACCUCAAAAAUGGAUAUUGAUGAACCGUCAAGCAGCAGUAAACAGGUUAAUCUUCCAGAAAAAAGUUACAUUGUGUCUUCACAAGAUGCUGAUGUCAUCCAUACUGAAAAUGUUAAUCUGUUGAGUAAAAUGUCUGAAAAGGAAAUAUUAGAGGAACAGCAAAAGUUACUUUCUGAACUGGAUCCCAAUUUGAUUAAGUUUAUUAAAGCUAAACGGAAGAAUGAGAACCCUGUCUCUGUGGAUAACAAACAUUCACCAAAGAGCCAGAAAAUGACACCACCGGAUGUACCAAUGGAGUCAUUAGUGUCUGAUGAUGCUGCUUGGGAUAAUGACAUACUAUCCCACCCCAAUGUCAAUAAAUGGCUGCAUUUUGACUCAUUAGAGAAGGAUAAACUCGAAUGGAUUAAAGGAAUCAAAGAAAGCAAUUCCAUCACUCCAGAUAAACCUUAUGAAGCCCGCUUCGAUUUCAAAGGGUACCUUUUACCAUACACCAUACCUUAUACAGAAGAAACUAAAACACUUUUUCAUCAUGGUGAAGAACCACAUAGACCGGGAUACACCCUUACGGAGCUCUUUGAGCUAACUCGCUCCAUGGUAACUCAGCAGAGAGUCUUUGCUUUAAACACAUUAGCAGGAAUACUCGAAUACUACUCGGCAGGCACCUACAAAGGCAUUAUUGACAUACCUCUUAGUAAAAUACUUUUUGUAUUACGAUUCUCAUUAGAUGACAAGGCAGAAGCUAUUAUUGAACCUUCUUUGAAAGCAAUAAGAAACCUAAUAUAUAAUAGGAUAGAUGAAGCAAGUUUAGAUGCCUUAUUAGGAUUUGAAGCUGGUUUACAACAACCUUGUUUAGAAAAUGACAAGUCAGAAAUUGAAGAAUUGGAAUCAAAAGAGUCAGAAUUAAAAGAUUACCACUUGGCAGAAGUAGACAUUAUAGCAGCUCUAUUAAGAACUGAUAUUCUUACAAGAAUUCAGUACAUUUUAGGGAAUAUAAAACCAAAUGUGAACUCUGUUCAAUAUUGUUUGCAAAUUUUGACCAGACUAACUAGAGAUUCACCUGAGACUGCCAUGACCAUAGUAAAAAUGGAACAUUUGAUGAACAGUGUCAAAGAUAUCUUUAAGAAUUACAAGAAUAACCAGUUGUCACAACUAGCUAUGAGGUUUCUCAGAGUCCUAUCUCUACAAUCAAGAGAAAUUGGAGACAUAUUAAUAUCAAAGUACUCCAUAUUAGAACCUAUUUUGCAAUGUAUCAGCACAGUAGCAGACAGGACAAGUGGCCUACGAGUCCAAAUAGAAGCCUUCUGCCUCAUGACUAACUUGUUACAUCAUGAUCUUGCUGUGGAGGAAUCCCUGUCCGUAUUCCCCAUUUUACUAUCAGCUUUGUACAUACAUGUCCAAAGCACAGAUGUGUUUGUUACAUCAUCUGUAUUGAAUGCUACCCAUGCGGCAGUCAUUCUUCAAUUUGCCAGCAAAAUCUGGUGCACACAGAAACUGCCAGAUAGUAAUAAAGGACAGCUCUGUAUAUUACUGAAAGUAGGAGCGACAAAGUGGCUCGCACAAAUAUCUCAAAGUGAAAGUUUCACGUGUGGUCAUUUACGCUUGCUCUGCUCUGUUUUGAACUGUUGUAACACAAUUAUUAAAUUUGAUCAAGUUGAUAUGGCUUUCUUGAGGGAAUCCCUAACCAAACUUUCGAAUUCUGCUGGAUUUUUAAUAAUUGUAGCACACCUUGAGUCCAGUUCGAACUUAUUGUCAGGAAUAGAAACUAAAGAUUUACAUUUCACGAAAAACUUGAUGAGCCUUGGGGCAUCCGUUGUUGACACGGAACUAAAAACAUUACCAAUACUGAACAGUUUGUCACCGGUUCCAUUUCUAGCAUCCUUGUUCAAUCUCCUCGAAGCUGUGAAUGAUGAAAAAAUCGUCCAAAUUUUUGCUCAAAAACUUGAGCCGUAUAUCGAGAAGCUAGCUCAAAAAUCGCCGAGUCUGAGUGACAGUUGGUUCACAAGAACGGAGACAGAUCUUGUGAUCAGCAUAAUAAAGAUUGCCGUGAAAAUCGACGUUCCUGAAUCUAAGAAAGACUUGUUGUACGCUGUGGCUAACAAACUAUGCUAUAUUCUUAGAGUUGACAAGAGGGCUGACUUAGAGUUCUUGUUUAGACACAUCGUGUUUAAUAAGCAGUGGUUCACAGCGGAGAGGUUAAUGAACCUCGUGUCUUUAUCAGAUGCCGAUGGAUUCUCGAAAUCGCUCACGUUAAUAGAAGAGAUAAAGCUCUGUUACAGCACUGUUAUAAAUCUAAGCUAUAGAGACACUGGUGCUAAUAUCGUACUCAGGAAAUGGCAAGAACCGAUACUGCCAAGAGACUGGAUAUAUUUACCCAUUUUACACUUGUACAGCAAGAGUCAAGAGCAAAAUCCUCAAAAGGUUUUCGGUUUAAAUGUGAACGAGUCAAAAGCGAAAGAGUUCGUCAUCAGAAGCAGUUUAGAAUGGAUUCUAUUCAAUGAAUACUGUUUUCCUGACCUCCUGAAAGACAUAAACGUGACGGAUAGAUUCUGCCGAUUAAUGUGCGUUUUUCUGUGUGAUAACUCCUUAUUCUUGGAUGCAAGGAUCAAGAUUCUGCUACAGAAAUGUCUUGAGGUUUUAUUUAAGAGGAGUAGUGAGUUUAACUUCGACCAACAGCUGAUUGGUUUGAGUAACUUCCAAGGAUUUUACACCCAAUUUCUGGAGCAGUUCCAAUCAGUCAGUUAUGGGGAUUGCAACUUCGCUGCGUGUGUUUUAGUGCCUCUAGCUCAAAGACAUGAUGUCAAAUGGCGGAAGCUCAUUUGGUCUGAGUAUGCUGGGUGCUUGAGGGCUCUGGAUUGCCCAGAAGACCGCCUGGCUUAUAAAUUCAAGGACUACUUGUAUCCAGAGGAGACUGAAGCGUCUCUUAUAAAGUCUUACCAUCGAGCUUUGACAUCGAAUCUGUUGAGACCUGGCACAACUGCGUAUGCUAUAGCGCAGCACCACGUUGAAGCUUGGAAUCGCCGUAAAGUUGAACAGAGUUAGCAUAUUAGAUGUGGAUCAGAAUGAAAAUUCAAGACACUCAAAUUCUAAAUCCGUCAAAUUGCUUAAUAGGAGCUAGCUUUUUAAGUAUAAUUUUGUAAAUGUAAAGGGAAGGUUUGCAAACUUUUUGUAGCAAGAAGUUUAAUAAAAUCAUACUUCAUCA